AUGAUCCCUUCGCUCUUGUUGGUGCGACUAAUAGUCUUCCUCAUAGCUGCUCGAAUAGCAUCGAUGAGGGUAAAACAGGUCAACAUUUUCAAGAAUGCAACGGAUGAAGAUGUUCUUCAACUGAGAAAUAAAGGAAGCAAAAUGUUCAACGCACUUCAUAGCGACUCCAGCUUAAAAUGGAAUGAGAGAGAUUCGCAUGGAAAUUUUGUCAUACCGUUUACAAUUAAUGCAAACUACGACGAAUCACAAAUGAGAAUCAUUGCGGUAGCAAUGAGACGCAUAGAGGACAACACGUGCAUUCGUUUCAAACCGUGGACGAAUGAACAGAGUUACAUCCAGAUCGAAAAUCUUGGCGGAUGCUGGGCAGAUAUUGGUCGUCUCGGAAGUAGAAGCGAAGUAUCGCUACAUCACAGCGAUAAGGGAACGUGCUUAACGACCGGAACUGUUAUGCAUGAAUUGAUGCACGUAAUAGGACUCCACCAUGAGCAUUCACGGUACGAUCGCGACAACUUUGUCAAAGUGCACUACGAGAACAUUAAAAAGGAUGAAUGGUAUAAUUUCGAGAAAGUGAAUGCUGACAAAUUUACGACACACGGUGUCCCAUACGACUACAUGUCGAUCAUGCACUAUGGCAAGGGGGCGUUUGCGCCCCCAGGAAAAAUAGCCAUCGAAACCUUCAAUCCUCAUUAUCAGGACGCCAUUGGCCAUGCAAAUGACGCCUCGCGAAGCGAUUAUCUUAAGAUCUGCAGGACGUAUCAGUGUAAGCAGUGCAUGGGACGGCCAACUGACACUAUAAUUAUUAUGCCACCAUGCGAAGAUUUUAUUCCCAGGUCCUGCAAAACCUUGCAGAGAGUGGUCGACUGCUCAUAUGGAGUUCGAAUUUUUUGUUGCGCAACAUGUGCAUUCAAGAUUGAAGAGGGCAAUAAGAAAUCACCGUUCAAUCCUAUUUUCGGAUUCUAA